CUUGUAAACAUUGAUGCUGGUUCUGGGCAAAAACACUGUGGAUGACGUAGCCGGAGUUAUAUGCACAAUAAAUAUUGCAUAUCUUUCACAAUAGGGCUUCGGCCCCUAUUCUUUCCGAAAAUUCCUUUGCCUAUGUCCUCAUUCUCUUGCAUCAGCUCGACCAACCGCGCAAGUUGCCUUUUGUUGCUUACAAUUUUUUAUCUGUAAUUCAGACACAUACAUACAUAAGUAUUUUUCAGAAUUUUUUACAACUUCCAGUUUAAUUGACUUAACUUUUAUCCAUUAUAGUAACACUUUCUUAUGUAACACCCCUAUUAUGGAUUUCCGUACGAUAGACGAUAAACGCUUGCAAGCGUAUCGUAUAAAAUAAGUUUUCGUAUUAUCGUUUUCAUACGCCCGAUAGAUGCUCUAUUGUGAAUGACUGUGGUUUUUGUUUACUUUUAUUGUAAACUGUGACAUGCCAGCUGUUGUUUUCAAUUUAAAUUUUCUCAAGCGAGUAAUUUUCAUAGUCAAAUAAAAAGUAAUGUUCUCUGCAACAUCAAUUGGGUUUUAUAUAAAUUCGCAUGAAGAAACUGAAGAAACUCGCAUAGAGACGGUCGAAAGAAGGCUUUUAAAAGAUGCUUCAAAUCCCCUCGAAAUGAAUCCAAUAAUGUUUCAAAGAAACUUUAGACUUUCAAAGGAAUCUGUUAUAUAUAUUUUAACAGAAAUAGAAAAUAAAUUGCGUGUACGAAAGAGAAAAUCAGCCAUACCAGAUAUUGUAAAGCUUUGCACAACUUUGAGAUUUCUGGCGCAAGGAUCAUAUCAACAGAGUGUAGGUAAUGAAGCAUUACUUGGGUUAGCCCAGCCCACUGUUUCAAUUGCGUUAACAGAAACAUUGAGUGCCUUACAAACAACUCUUUGCAACAAGUGGAUAAACUCUAAGUAUACAGAGGAAGAAAAGAGGAGAGCGAAAAAUUACUUUUUUGAAACAAGUGGUAUUCCCGGAGUAAUCGGAUGCAUUGACGGCACACACGUCAAGAUUGUUGCACCAGACAAAAAUUUGCAGCAUCUGUACUACUGUCGGAAGGGGUAUUUCAGUAUAAACGCAAUGAUAGUAAGUGGACUUUUAUGUGUACGUGCAAGUUAAAAAAGAUUUUUCUUCCCUUUUAGAUGUGUGACGAUUUGAUUAAUAUCAAAUACAUUAAUGCCAAGCACCCAGGGGCUACGCAUGACUCUAUGGUUUUUCAAAUGUCCGGUUUAAAAUCACAAUUAGAGUCAAUGUAUAACCGUGGUUCAGAUAACACUUGGUUAUUAGGUAUUUAAAAUACUUCGUCCAUACAACUCAAACUUGUGAAUUGGAUUAUUUUUAUUUAUUAAGGUGAUGCUGGCUAUGCUUUAGCGCCUUAUUUGCUAACACCUUACAGAAAUGUUGAACCAGGAUCUAUAGAAAGCUUAUAUAACACCCGGCACUCCAAAGCUAGAAAAAUUAUUGAGAGGACAAUUGGGGUGUUAAAAAGCCGGUUUCGAUGUUUGCUAAGUGCUCGCUCACUUCAUUACACUCCUGCAAAAGCCACUUUAAUAAUAAAUGUUUGUGCGGCUCUACAUAAUAUUUGCAACCAUUACAAUGUCCCCCAUGAAUAAGUGAAUAUUGCAGACGUCCAGGACGGGAGUGUUGAAAUCUUAGAAGAAGCUAAUGCAAAUGAUAACGUCCCUAUGCGACAAGCUGCAGAAGAAAUCAGAAGAAAUGUCUUGUCGUGCUUGCACUAAUUUUUUCAUAUUUUUUUACAUUUUUAUUAAACAUAAGAAAAGCAUAUUCAUCGCUUCAGGUCCAAAUCAUUUCCAUUGUUUCAUUAAAUAAAAAUAGCAAAAAUAAAAAUCAGUUCACUGCAGUCUUUGACAUUUUCACUUAAAACUAAUUGUACUUUUGAUUACUUCCUAUAAAUUUCUUGUUUCAGUUCAAGCAGUUUUUUCUUAAGUUCUAGUUUAGCUUUUCGAGCCAUUCUUUUAUUCUGGAUAUCCUGCUUGUAAAGAGCUAGUUUAUCAUUUUUUAAAUAGUAAGAUCUUUUUGUGUAAGUCUCAAUAUUUGAAAGGCUCUUUUUAAUAUCGUUGAAGGUAUUAAGAGAUUUAUUUUGAAAAUGAGGCUGUUGAUUUGUUUGCUGCUCUAGUAGUGCAAUUUGGCGGUGUUCUUUGCGGCAAGUUCUAGUUCUCUCAUUGAGUAUCCGGUUUCGCGAGGGCGUCUGGAUGUCAUGGUCUUCUAAAAUUUCGAUUACUCUACCGGAAUCAUUUUCAUCUUGAUUUUCUUCUUCAUUUUCUACUCCAAAUUCUUCUCUUGGAGGGUUAUUAUAUUGAGUGUAGUUCAUCAAUCUAUUCACGGUCUCUUCCAGGUUGGAAAGUAAAACCGUGUUGUUUGGUCCACCUCCAGUCGCGAUGUUCUCUGCAUGGUUGUGUGCGCUCUUUUUUUUUGUCUUGUAUUUUAAGUCAUUCCAAACCUGCAAGUUAAUGUUUUGUUAUUUCAGUACCAAAAUAACGAUCUUAUAAUAUGCUUACUCGUUGCCACCGAACGUGUUGGUGGCCCUAAUGAAUUUAGAUCUUGUGCGACUUUCUCCCAUCGUGGCUUUGCAAGGGCUUUAGGACAUACACCUCUUGCAAGGUCCGUAUUCUCCUCCAUAAGCGAAGCCAGACGCUCCAAUUGAUGUUUCGUGAUCACAACUCUCGGCCUGAAAAAGUAUUAAUAAAUAUUUUGUUUAAAUUCUUUUAUUAACUCGUUUUACUCACUUCAAUACUUACAUGACUCCAAUUUUAUCAAAUAAAUUUAGUAUUCUUAACUGUUUGGACUGUCUAUCACUUAAAAAUGGCGACCCGCUUGCAAGCG